CUCCGCUGGCUCCGGGAGAGCCGGCAGUCCAGGAAACUGAUCCUGCUGAUUGUGUUCAUCGCCCUGCUCCUGGACAACAUGCUGCUGACGGUGGUCGUGCCAAUAAUUCCCAGUUACCUUUACAGCAUCAAACAUGAGAAAAAUGCCACAGAAAUCCAGACUACUAAGCCUAAUGCAGUCUCACCAACGAUGGACAAUUUUCAGAGCAUCUUCUCCUACUAUGACAACUCAACAAUGGUUACUGGAAACGAAUCUGAUAAGACACAGCCCAGAGAGCUGCAUCAUACUCAGACAGAACAAAUGAUAGUAAAUGUGACUCCUUCCCCGUCUGACUGCCCUAAGGAAGAUAAGGACCUGCUGAAUGAAAAUGUUCAAGUCGGGCUCUUGUUUGCUUCCAAAGCAACAGUGCAGCUAAUCACUAACCCCUUCAUAGGGCCGCUGACAAACAGAAUAGGCUACCAGAUUCCACUGUUUGCUGGCUUCUGCAUCAUGUUUGUGUCAACAAUCAUGUUUGCCUUCUCUGGAAGCUACACAUUACUGUUUAUUGCCAGGUCCCUUCAAGGAGUGGGUUCCUCUUGUUCUUCGGUAGCAG